CUUCAAAAUAUGGACAGGCCGGAAUCUCAGAUGUUCCAAAAUCCAGCUCCGAAUCCAAUAACAGCAAGUGAUUUACCCAAGAUAAUAGAGAGGCUGAUCUUGUUCAUCUUGGAGACACCUUUGCUACGGAAGAAAUCUUUAAUUCUCUAAAGACCUAUUAUAAGAAGCAAAGGAAGUAUAAAACAGAUUUCAUUUACACUCUUAAAGACCUGAAGAAGUUCCCUCAGAUGAUGAGUACUAGAAACGCAAGAAAAUACCCAAGGAAGUUUGGUCCCUUGACACAAAGAAAAAGAGUAAAUCUGUUCGAAAUGUUUUGAAGAAGAAAAUAGCCUUCGAUCCAGAAAUGAGUUUUUCGACUCUUGGGUCUACCCAAAGAAUCAACUCUUUCGUUAGAAUAACUAAUGGGGAUCGAGUAUACCAAUAUCUCAGAUCUUUAUGGGUUUUAGACAAAGAUGGUCCAAGCCAAGAAGACUUGAACAACCCUCAAAUAACAAUGCUUAGAAAAAAAAUAUUCGAGAUGAUUAGAGAUUAUGAAUUAUCUCAAGUGUACUGCUCAUUUUUAUCUUAUGGUAACCAACCAAAAGUUGGGCCUUACUACGAGUGAGCUUUUGAUGAUGGAAAGAAUAAGAUUUAUUUAUGUCUCUUAUGAGCUCAGAAGUUUCAGUACGGCACUAAUAUGACCAAAUCUGCCAAAGAUGGGCCUCAUAUAUGAAAAUGUGGCAAGAAUAGCAACGUAUUGCUUAAGGUAUCGACAGCAGGAAUAAGUAAUCAAGAUCCUUUGCAAUUAGCUAGGUCUUUGUCAAAGAAGUCUUUGAGACCAUGCAACUGAAACGUAUACGUUGAUGUUUUGGAACCUGAUAGUGCUGUUGAUAGAGGAAUGUUCAUUGAUAAUUAUGGAUUCUCAGCAAUCCAAGGAAUGCAACAGCCACAUUCUUAUAAAGUGGGAGAUCUCGUAGGGUCUCAGGUACACCAAGAUCAUGCAAAGAGAAAUGUGAUUUCAGAAAACGAGAGGCAAUUAGAUACAGAUUCUCCUUCUGUUAAAGAGCUGAAAGAAUUGUGAAUUGAGUUUGAAUCAACAAUCAGGAAAACCAAUGCUCUUAAAUUUGAAGAAAAUAAGUGCAUUAUGGAAGAUGACAUGGAAGAUCAAGAAGAUAAAGCAGAUGCCAGCCCUGUGAACGAAUUUGGACCUAUUCAAGAACAGAGUGAUGAAGAGGAUAAGGCUAAUCAACGUCAUUAUAGUUCCAGAACUGUCAGCAAUAAGUCUGUGAGGGAGGGAGAAGGGAACACAAAGAGGCAAACAGAAGAUCAAAGUAAAGAUUCUAAGAUGAGAGAGGAAUUUUAUCCUGCAGCUGAAGGUACUAUAGAACUGAAGAAUGAAGGUAACUCUGUAGAAGAGCCUAUUGUGGAACAAGACGAUGUCUCCAUGAGGCAAGAUGCUCAAGAUGAAAGAUCAGACGAUCCUACUAUGGGGAGACUAUCAAUAGAUGAAUGGGAAGGACAACCUAUAUUCAAAGAUCAGAAAGGAUUUCCAGACAAAUUCAUUCAAACCCAUCCGAUGUUCUUUGUCAAAACCUGUUUUGAGAUUGGGUCAGGAAAAAUUCAAGAGAAAGUCUCUAAAUUGCUUAUUAAAAAAGAUGAAGAGGGAAAACUGCUCUUUUUUAAUCCUAAUAUGAAUAAUAUUGAAGAAUUAGCUACUGAGUUAUUAAAUAAAGAUCACCAAACACUUGCUACUAUCGAUUUGAAGAAAAUUUAUGAAGACGCAAGCAAAAUGAUAGUUUUGGAUGAGAAUCUUGGCACCAAAACAGAAGCGAUUCCAGAAAGAUUUACUAAUGAUUAUAUCUCACAAGAUGCUACCUUUACUGUUACCAUUAGAUCUAAAAUUCCCUCUAAACCAUUAGUAGAAGAAACUUUCAGACUCAAGAUAAUUCAAGGAGCUGUUGGGGAACCACUUUUUGUUGAUGAUCAAACUGGCAUUAUGAAUGCAAGAGCUACCAAAUUCUUGCAAAGAGAUCAUGUAAGACUGAGUCAUGACUUGAUGAAGCAAACUUAUGGAGAUCCAAAUCAAACAAUCUUUUACACAGAAACAGAUGAGACAAAUAUGCAGAAUCAGCAACCAAAUCAUGGGAUGAACCCAAGAAAUAUUGGACUUGUUCGAAGUCAACCUGUAGGAGAUCCUCGAGAUCGAGCAUUUGGAAAUUAUAACAAUUACCAAGAAGCUCAACCUCAGUCACAAUAUGCUCAAGAGAGUUCCUAUGGUCCUAGACAGGCAGAUCCAACAGUAUCUCGAGUGAGAGAACAGGUAGACCCAUAUUCAGGAGAUAGAAAUGUGGAUGAUAGAUAUCGUGGAGUUUUAGAUAGAUCACAAACCUCAGGUCAAAAUUUGGGAGGAUAUAGUUCUCCUACUACUGCCCCGAUAUAUCAAUCACAAGUGUUGAACGAAAGACCAGCUGGGGCUAUGACUUAUAUGCCUUCCUCCUUCCAACCUCAAAUGCAACAAUUUCCGAUGCUAAGUUAUUCAAAUAGUCAAAAUAAGCCUGGAACCAACAAAUUAAAUGACAUCCUCGAGUAUUCUGAUGAUUCUGAAGAUGAAAAGGUUAAAAAUCCUGAACACAAUGAAGCACCUUCCUUUGGCAACAGCGGAAUUCAGUCGAACAAACCGAAAAGUCUUCAUAGACAGCAAAAUAGAUCUCAGAUAGAUGCACAGAACACCAAUAGUGAAAGCCAAUGGAUGCAAUAUCAAAAACAAGAAUCUUAUGAUGGAAGCAACCCAUCUCUUUUCAGGACAACAACGAUAGAUGGAAAAAUAGUUGAGUUAGAAGUCGAUAUUCUGGAUAAGUUUGUCAAAGAUCUUAUUGAGGCCAAUCAUCUUCAAGGAGAUAUUUCAACACAAGAUCUCUAUGUAUAUGAUGAGAGUCAGGAUAAAAUUACACAUUUGUUUGAGCUUCUUUGCCAUGGAGAAUUUUCCCCUGGACUAUUAAAGCUAUUAACUAUAGAGAAAGCUGAUGACUCUGAUUUAUUUUAUUGCUUGAAUUCUGCUCAUGAAACUAAGAAUGCUAAGGAUUAUAGCUUAAUACUCUCGAUCCUCUCAUUGGUUGUAGGGGAUUAUACUAAUUUUUAUACUCAUUGUGAUACUUUAGUAAAGACUAUUUCUCCAAGAGAGGAUAAAACUCCUAAUCAAAGAAAAGAGCUCUCAACUCUAAUCAUGUCACUGGUUCAUGGAAACCCAUUCGAGCCCGACCUUCGAAUUACAAUGGAUGUUGAGAAAGAGCUCCAAUAUUGCUUUAACAAUCUUUUUAAAACCAAAGCUGAGGCUGCUAUAGACCUGCACACUCUUUUAUCAAGAAACCAAUAUGAGCUUUAUGAGUUUUUAAGUGAUUUCUCCAAUUUUGACUCUACUUUGGAAUAUGACCAAAAAGUUGUCCUUCUACGGAAGAAAAUGUAUAGAAUGAUAUACUUCAAAUUCAAUUUUGACCAAGAAUCUUUUGAAUGGCUUAAAGCUCUCGGCUGAUUGAUUCUUGGAGAUAUUGAGAGGAUUGAGUUUAUAACUGGCAAAUUUGAUCUCCCUCCCGCUUCAAUGGAUGUAUUGAAGGCUAUCACUACUUUGAAAACAGAAGAAAUGGAACCUUUAUUCAACUUAAUUCAAAAGAGAACUAAGAAUAAGAUUAACGUUAAGAUCCAGAAGAUUUACACAAAUAUUCUGAGGUCAGACAUUGGAGCUGCAUUUAUGCUGAUAUUUGGAGAUAACAUUUCUUCCUCUAAACUAUUCAAGAGACUGUCUCGAUACACUAGAAUAUUUAAUAUGAUAAUUAGUCCAACCCAUUGAUCCGCAGAAAAGAUUUCAGAAGUUAUAGGAAUAGAAAAAUCCAUGAAGGAUAUUAAUGACCUUACAUUUGACAGAAAAUUCAUAACAAACUUAAUUCAACUUUUCAAAGGAGAAUUACCACUUGCAAAAACUAAAGAUAUAGUCAUCAAGAUUCUCAACAUUUGUGAGAAAGAAGACCUCUGUGAGUUUCUGGACAAGAAUCCAAAGCACAUUGAGUUAAUUGAUACACUUGUUGGAGCUCUGAACGGAAAUAUAUUUGACUUUGGAAGCAUCUGUGACUUCCUGUUCUUUGGUGAUAGAGCUUGGAUAUGCUCAUUCCUAACCUCCAUGGCUGCUAAUUCAUCUGUCUUUUGAUUUAAAGACGAUUCUCUAUCUAAGAGUCAGACCAAGGAACUAAUUUGAGCUCAUUCUAGCGCGCUUUUUAGAGCAAUAUUAGGAAAAGAAUGCGAAGGGAUAAAUAACAGUAAAUUCAUUAAUGCUUUCAUUGAGAUUUUCACUUAUACUUUGUGAAGGAAGAACAAAGAUAUUAUCGACCACAUCGACAUAAUAGACACCUUGAUUGGACUUGGCUCAGACUGACUAGACAAGAGAGUUUUGGUAGUAUUAAAGGCUAUCAUUGAAGGAGGGUCCACAGAGGAGCUUGAUAGCUUGAUCAAAAUGACUAUUAAUUAUAUUAAAUCAGAUAUAACUAUUGGAAAAGAGUUGUGACCUACCCGUGAAAUCAAUUAUUGAACAUUAAAGGAAGCAGAAACUGAGCUUCUAAAUGAAAGAGUUCAAAGAAAGGAUAAUCUUGGAGAAGAUUUCAAAGGUAACCUCCUUAUCUUCAUCCAGACACAUAACUUCGAGCCAGAGUUGGUAAUAUACCCAGAACAUGAUCCAGGAAAUUUUCUAAAUGAGAUUAAUCUCUUCGGACGGGUUGGGAUAGUCUGAAAUCCAAUAAUUAUGAUGGAGGCCUUGCUGGAUGUAUCUAUGGCCAAACCCUAUUGUAUUAAUCGCUUUAUCGAAACAAUCUUGCAGCCAAUAUUCAGGAGAAAUCCUAUUUUAAGACAAACAAGUGACAUUAUUAAAUAAAAUGCUUGCUAAAGACUUUAGUUUUACUAUUUAUGAGGUAGAUGAUAUUUUAAAUAUUGCCAAAGAUGCUCUGAUCAAGACCAAAUCAGAAGCGUAUCGGGCUUCACGUUUAGGCCAUGGUGAAGCUUUUGCGAAUGAGGCUCAGGAUAUCCUAAGCGGGUUGGCUAAGCCAAGAACAAUGAUGCAAAGCAAUAUUCAACAAUACCACAAUAUACAUGAGAUGUAUGACCAACGCUGAAUGAGACUGAUUUGACUUUUAUUUGAGCUGCUUGAUCCUGAAAUAAAAAUUGAGGAUGUAAAUGAUGUUUUUAUGAGAAUUGCUAGAGAGAUCAUAGAGCUAAAGCCAGACUUGUUUAGAGGUGCUUACCAUAGAAGAGAUGGGAGGGAGUUAAUCCCGACAAUAAUCGACAUCAUGUGGUUUGUCUAUGCCUUUGCUAAGAAAGAUUUGUCCAUGAUAUCUGAUAUUAGCUCUUCAUUCACAGACGCUAACUCUGACACUCAAAAGCUGAUUACAGAGGUGUUGGGGGUUUUAAGAAAGUACAACUGUAACAUCUUUAAUUCAAAGUACUAUAAUUUACCAGAAAUGCCACAUUACACUGAAGAGUCUUUCUACUUUAUCAAGAAGAGGCUUGCAGAUCCUAAUUUCAAGAUUUUAAACCAAGCUCCUAUGUUUGUAGAGAGAGGAAAUCAGAUUGUGAAAAAUGCUACACAGGAUGCAAAGGAUCAGGUAAAGGAGAAAGCAAAUGAACUUGCUGAGUACGUUAAAAGCUCCUCAACUAGUUAUAUUAAGGAAGUUAUGUACAAAGAUCUGUUCAAGAUGUUCGAUCUAAACCAGAGUGGAAGUCUUUGAUUUGCUGAGUUCCAGGACCUGUCUAAGUACAUGGGUAUUCAGCUCGACAAAGAGCGAGCUCUCAAGAUGUUCUCGAUGGCUGAUAAGAAUAAAGAUAACUUUAUUACUUUGGAUGAGUUUCCGGAAGUUAUGAAACUAUUGACUGAACAGAUAGCUCUUGACACCCUCAGAAACCUUAAUCUGACCUCCAGGGACUUAAUAAUGUUUGCAGUUCUGACUCUUCUUUAUUUGGUAUUAGCGCUAAUCUUCAUCUUCUUUGGCAUUUUCACCUUCAGCAGGGCUGAUGGAUUCAGUGCUGUAAUCAAUUCGAUCAUGCCUCUAAUUGCUGGAGGAGUCGCUGCUUUGAGGAGUAUGGAUCUUUAUGAUAGAUUAGAACAUGUAAAAGAGUAUAUUGAAGAAUUCAUCAGAAAAAUGAGAAGAAUAUAAGAAAUAACUAUUAUUUUGAGAUUUCAAUAUGUUAAA